AUGAGCAAACGGAGAGCGAGCUCCAGCCAAUCUGGCACCCCAUCGACGAAGCGGGCAAAGCCGGAACCACCACCAGAAUAUCAUCUCACGCCAAGUAUCAAGGACGAAGAUGGCACCGUCCAGUGGCCUGCUCCGAGGCGCGAAAUCGAGCGUGCGCGGGAGAUUAUCCUCGAGGCCGCUGGGUCGAAUUCGAAGGUCUUGAUCCUUCCGGACAAAGAUGCUGAUGGUCUCUCCGCCGGCGCCAUCCUCCGUCAUACACUGCUGCUCCUGGGGUUGGCAGAGGACUUGAUCCACGUCCAUCUCCUCAGCAAGGGAAACAAUGUUCACAGUGAGGCGGAAAGGGAGGCUAUGCUCCAGCUCAGGCCGGCUUACAUCUUUGUCGUUGACCAAGGAAGUCGACCCGGCCCUCCUCUGAUUGAUGCAGACCACACAGGUCUCGUCAUCGACCACCACCACGCAACGCCGACUGACUUCCCGAAGGGUGCAGAGCAUGUCACUGCCUGCAAUUCUCCUCCUGUCGCGACGUCAUCUCUGCUGGUGUACGAAAUAUGCCGCACAUUGCAUGGGGACGUGGCCAGCAAAUGUGACUGGCUCUGCGUGGUAGGCACGCAUGGCGACCUCGGCAACACCAUCAAAUGGGAGUCUCCCUUCCCAGACAUGAAGGCCACCAUGAAGCGUUACACCAAGAAAACGCUCAAUGCUGUGGUAUCGUUGGUGAAUGCGCCUCGUCGGACCUCGCGCUUUGAUGUCCGUUCGGCAUGGGAUGCCCUUUGUGACGCCACCGAGCCUGCACAGGUGCUGGUGGACAAAAGGCUUCUGAACGCUCGAGCAGAGGUCAACGCCGAAGUGGAGCGAUGCACACACACUCCACCGAAAUUCUCAGUGGACGGCAGAGUGGCCGUCUUUCGAAUCAAUAGUCAGGCCCAGGUACAUCCCGUCAUAGCCACGCGGUGGGCGGGACACCUGCAGAGCAAAUCACUCGAGAUUGUACUCGUGGCCAACGAAGGAUAUCUCCCCGGAAGAGUUAACUUCUCCUGUCGCGUGGCAAGAUGUGCCAGGGCCAGGGAGCCGCAAGUCAACAUCAUCGAGAGCCUUAAAAGCUAUGCAAGCCUGCCUGAGGCGGCGCGGCUCCCUCUGCUGGAGAGGCUUGGCCACGACUUCGCCCGCGGCCACGUCCAGGCGUCCGGCGGCAUCGUCGAAGUGGGCGAGUUUGAGGAGCUCAUGCGACGCAUGCAGGUGGGUGUCAAGAAGGACCCCGGCGACAAGACCUCGCCCACCAAAGCGAAAAAGGCCAUCGAUUCGGCACAGUCGAACACUCUCAUGAGUUAUUUCGGUAAAAGAGACAGCUAA